UCAAAAAAAAAUAAAUUAUUUUUUAGCAUAUGGCAAAUACAUGGUGUUCCUGAUCCCAAGAUCAGGAUAUUUGAUCUGGGCAGGAAAAAGGCUAAGGUUGAUGAGUUCCCACUCUGUGGGCACAUGGUGUCAGAUGAAUAUGAGCAAUUGUCAUCAGGAGCUCUAGAAGCUGCUCGUAUCUGUGCCAACAAAUACAUGGUGAAGAGUUGUGGCAAGGACGGUUUUCACAUCCGUGUGCGCCUGCACCCCUUCCAUGUCAUCCACAUCAACAAAAUUUAUAAUGGUUCAAAUGUUAAUAUCCAGUCCACCCAGCCAUUCAACUGGCUGAAGUAUUUAUUUGGAAAUAAGUUCUGUGGAGUUCAGUAG